AUGAAUUUUGUAUUAAUUGAUUCAAAUCCAAAAAUAAUUGAAAGAUGGAAUUAUCAUAUAAGGACAUGGAUUGAAUUACUCAGUACUAAUAGACCAAUCAAAAAUUUUAUACACAAUUAUAAUUUUCCCCAGGUACAAUGUAAAUUAACUACUAUUGAGGAUUACGUUAUAAAUACUACUACAAAAGGUUGCACUUCAAUUGUUACUCCAACUAAUUCUUUGAGUUAUAUGAAUGGUGGAUUUGAUAAGUUUAUAAUUGAUAGUAUGCUAUUAUACAAAUCGCAAGCAAGCGGAGAAGACAUUAUCUCAAAAUUUGAUAAUAUUGAUCUUGGGUUUUGGUUCCAGAAUUAUCAACUACAAAGGAGUAAUAGCUACUUAGUGCCAAAUCAAAUAUAUCCGUUAAACUUGAAAGAAUUCUUCAGUUCAAUGAAAUCAAAGGAUGAAAAUCACUCAAUACUAAAAAACUACAAUUUUGAAUAUUCAUUAAUCUACAAGAAUUUAAAUCUUACUGAAUUAAUUCAAAUUUCAACUAUGUUAGUACCUGAACUACUUGAGGAGCACAACAUUUCAAAUAUUUUCAAUUUAAUGUGGAAUUUAUUAAGCUAUUUGUAUAAAGUUCAAAAAUCAACUGACAUAGAAAAUGUAAUUAUACCAGGAAUUGGAACAGGUCAUGGACAUUUAGAUCAAGAUGAAGUAGCAAAAAUAAUGAUCUUCACAAUUUUUUUCUUCAAUCUAAGUUUUAAGCCUUCGAGUCGGAAUAAUUUUACAAAGUUCAUCGACUACAAAAGUAACGAAAUUGUUGAAUGUUUGAGAUACAAAACUUUGAAAAAAUCAAUAACUAUACUAUUUUUUUUAAAUAAAGAUUAUAGAAAAUUUGAAAAUCCAAAAGAUAUUGAAGAAGUUGAAAAUCAUGUCUUAACUGAUUAUGGUAAAAAUUAUGAUUUUUCAAAAAUCAAAGAUAAGAAUAAAUCUAUGGAUAUAGAUGAAUUAUUUAAAUGUAUAAAGUUUUAA